UGGCGGUUAAAUCACCAACGGACGUCCUUCAACUGAUUUUGCUCAACGAGCUUAUGCGCUCGUCUCUGUUCAGUUUUUUAGUGUUUCUUUCCUUGUCGAAUCAGCUGCGCCAGUAGCCUGCUUGAGUGAUAAUGGAAGUUUAGUAAAAAUAGCGAAUUUUUGUGCGAAAAUUGUGGAUUUUUAAGUGAAAAGUGAAUGCAAAAUGGAUUACAAAAGCGUAGUCUACAAUGCUGCUAGAGACGGCAACCUAAAUAGGCUUAAGAUAUACCUGCACUGCAACAAGGGCAAAGACGAAGUGUCUAUGCUAGUGGCGGCGAAAACUUCGGGGGCCACCCCCUUGGUUAUAGCUUGCCGAAAUGGACAUUACGACGUUGCCGAGUACCUCAUUGAAAGAUGUCACGCGGAUUUGGAACAACCUGGAUCUGUAAUGUUUGAUGGCGAAACGAUAGAGGGCGCCCCGCCACUAUGGUGCGCAGCUGCUGCCGGCCAUCUUGACAUCGUCAAGCUGUUGAUCAGUCACGGUGCCAAGGUAAACACCACCACUCGGACAAAUUCGACACCCCUUCGAGCUGCCUGUUUCGACGGUCAUCUUGAUAUCGUCAAAUACCUAGUCCAACAUGGCGCCGAUAUAGAAGUAGCGAAUAGGCAUGGUCAUACAUGUUUAAUGAUCGCCUGCUAUAAAGGGCACAUCAGUAUAGCGAAAUAUUUAUUAAGUCUUAAGGCCAGUGUUAAUAGGAAGAGCGUCAAAGGAAAUACAGCGUUGCACGAUUGUGCGGAAUCCGGAAGUUUAGAAGUUUUGAAAUUAUUGCUCGAGCACGGAGCGAAAAUGGACGUAGAUUCUUAUGGAAUGACUCCAUUGAUGGCUGCAGCUGUGACAGGACAUAAUCAUAUAGUAGAAUAUAUAAUAAACGUUCCAAAUUUCGUGUCGAGGAAACAAAGAAUCGACGCUAUAGAAUUAUUGGGUGCAACUUGUGUAGAUAAAAAACGUGAUAUGAUAGGUGCUUUAGAAUUAUGGAAAGUAGCAAUAUUUGAAAGGUACUACCUUCAUGAUGAUCCAAUUCCCAAACCUGCCACUCAGACAAUUGCCGCCUAUGACAACGUGGUGGAAGUCAAUGAUUUAGAAAGCUUAGAUGAUCUCCUUGCCGAUCCUGAUCAAAUGAGAAUGCAGGCAUUGGUAAUUAGGGAACGGAUACUCGGUCCAGCACAUCCAGACACUAGUUAUUACAUCCGAUAUAGGGGAGCCGUGUAUGCGGACGCAGGGAAAUUCAAUAGAUGCAUAGAACUGUGGAAUUACGCGUUAGACAUGCAACAGAGCAUGUUAGAAAGGUUGAAUCCGAUGACGCAGAGCAGCCUCUUUAGUUUUACCGAACUCUUCUCUUUUAUGAUGUGCGAGGAAGGUAAACAUAGAGGUACCAGGGGACGAGUGGUACCAUCCGUCGAUGUAGCGGAAAUUCUCAGAGUUUUCAAUAAGGCUGUUAAAGAAGUAGAACUAGGAAGUAUAAUGAUAGAAAGGAUGAUGAACAGCAAAGGCGAUCUCAAUUACUUGACCCGUGUCAUGGUCAUAACCCUCCAUCUAGCCUGUCUUCUCACUCGACUCCUCGAUCAUCAUACCAGCAGUGACGAGGUGACCAAAGAAAUACAUCAAGCGAUUUACAACUUGGUGAAGCUCAAAGUGAAAGCGAAGAGCGGAAGAACGAUGCUACAUUUGGCGUGUUGCAGGGAUGUUGCCAUAUUGGGGAGGUAUCCUGCUUGUCAAUUUCCAUCUCCUCAUUUAGCAGAGGUUUUGUUGAAAGUUGGUGCUGACCCCAAUCUAAAAGACGAAGACGGCAACACCCCUCUCCACCUUACCGCAAUGGCCAAACCGUGCCCCCCAUCCAGCGUAGUUCAAGUUCUUCUCGCUAAUGGCGCCCACAUCGACACCGUCAAUAAUGUCGGAGAAACGUUCUCCGAUCUCCUCAAAGGCCAACCUGUCCACCAGCUUGUCAACACAGUGAAAUACACCAGACUGAGUUGCACCGCGGCGCGCGUCAUUAGACAGUUCAAAAUACCCUAUAGGGGAAUCGUACCUUCUGCGCUCGAGUCGUUCAUUGCGUGCCACUGAAGUUUUUUUGUGAUUUUUAAGUUUUUUUAAAUUUCGGGUCGAAACGGUAAUGUCCCAGUUUAAGGUUGAUUUUAAUUCUAAAAAUUUAGCGGUUUGAUUUGUAAGGAAUGUCUUGAAAUCUGUUUUUACCAUUAUAUAACUGCUAUGUUCAAGUUUAAUUAUGACAUAAAAGAUGACGUUGACAUAAUAUAAAAAAAUGACUGAUGACAUUCAAAAUUAACUUGACACAUCUAAAACAAAAGAGUUAUCGCCACUUGUCACUUUACAUACAAACAUUGCGUUCGGUCUGCCAAGUUCCUUUAACACUUUUUACUUCAAACGACCCUUUUAGCGUUCGGUUUAGUCCAAUUAGUGGCAGUUUAACCCGCUUAAAUGUCAUUUAAAAGCACCCUAAAAACUCCGCGUUUGUCCCGCUCCAGCCCCUGACUAUCCGAACUCGCCUACUAAUUAGUGUUAUCGCAAAUGUCAUUUGUCAGAACUCAAGUAUAAAUAAUCGAAUAUCUUAUAAUCAUUAUUGUUCUUAGAUCGGUUCUAUUAUCUUCUAUUGACAUUGACCAUUAAAACAAUAAAAUAUUUAGAUGGUUACUCACUAAGAGAAAAAUGUUUUCUUGUUUACUUUGUUUUUUC